CUCCUCCUUCCCCACAACUUUUUUUUUAAGGUUUCAGAUUUUGGAUUUUCAGAUUAGGGAUACUUAACCUACAUUAUUUAAAUACCACAGAAGAGAAUUCUGUUCUAAUAUUUGUGACUGGCUACUUGCAGACCAAAGAGAAAGUGUAGAUAGUUUUGCGUAUAUGCCGUCCCACCAAAGUAAAUGCAACUCAGUGUGCUUGAGCUGAGAAUAAUCUUGUUUCGUUUGUUUAAAAAUUAGAACUGAUAGUUUUUUUUGGGACUGUUAUCUUUUAAUCCAUGAAAGUAUAAGUGUUUUAAUGAUAUUGUGUAAUUUUUAAAUAGUGGAGUUAUUUCUAGUAUCCAUUUGAAUAAAUGUGCCAUAUUAAAUUGGAGGUUUAAAAAAAAGACUUCAAAAGCUGUAGAAAAAGGGUUUGCAUCCUGAGAACUUGUUUGCUAAACAACAACAAAAAAAAUUGGAGCAAAACAAGUUGUCCAUUUAAACAAAUUGUUUUAAAUUUAGAUAGUGAAUUUACUUCCAAACGUUGGUAUAUUAGUUAUCUGUGCCAUGUAAGAAAUUAUAGCACAGCUUCUGUUAGUUGGGAAUUUAAGACUUGCUUGGCUGGGUGAUUCUGUCUAAGGGUCUUUCAUGAGUCAGGAUGUCAGCCGCAAGCUGAACGUAGUGGCAUGUGCCUGUAGUCCCAGUUACUCAGGAUGCUGAGGCAGGAGGACCACUUAAGCCCAGGAGCCUGAGGCUAUAGAGCACUAUGAUUGCUUCUGUGAAUGCCCACUGCCUUCAGCCGGAGCAACAUAAGCAAGAUCCCUUCUUCAAAGAGGAAAAAAGAGAAGAUACCAGCCAGGGCUGCAGUUAUCUGAAGGCUGAACUGAAGCAGGCUGGAGGAUCUACUUCCAGGAUAACUCACCCACAUGGCAGUUAACAGAAAAGGGCAGGUCCUCACUGGCUGUUGAUAAGAGGACAUAGUUUCUCAUCACUGGACCUUGUCACAGACAGCUUGCAUGUUUUCAUGACAUGGCAGCUAUCUUCUCCGAGAGAGACAUUGCAAGACAGAGCACGCAGGCAGCUAUAGUGCCUUUUAUGACCAAGCCUUCAAAGUAAUCAUACAUGCCACCUCCACAUUUUUGCUGCAGAAAUGAGGCAUUGAGCUUAGCCUACACUUGGGGUGGGGAAUUAGUCUCCACCUUUUGAAGGGGGUAUCAAAGAAUCUGUGAAGAUUUUUAAAACCACCGCAGUUGGUCUAAAAAGGGACAUGGCAUCUAUUCAGCUUCCCCCCAAAUCUUCAAAACUUUCUAUAAGUUUACACCUGAUCCUAAAGUAUCCAAAUCAGAUUUAUAGAAUGCAGACCACUGAAGGUCAAAUGUAGAAUGUAGAGUCAUAGAAUUAUGAGCUGGAAGGGAUCUGGUUUUUCAUUUAUGCAAAUGAGAAAAUAGAGGCAAAGAGGUUGCAUGACAGUAAUAGCUGUAAUGCCUGUGUCUGUUGUUGGUAUUAUAUUAGGAUGAACACCUCAGAUCUCUUGACUUUUAGAUAGAUGCCCUUCUGUUGUACUCAGAAUAGUGUCCUUGAUGUUCUGCAUUAGAACUUGGGAUUUAAUUUUCCCUUCCUUUCUCUUUUGUGUGGAGAACUGAGAAUUAGGGCAUCAACACUAACUACACAAUUAUCCUCUGAUUCCGUCUUCUCUACAGCUGAAGGAAGAAUUUUAAUGCAAACAUAACUUUUCCCCUUGCUACUAAGAAGCAGGCUAUUACUCUUCCAAGAGAGAUUUAGUGAUAUGAUGCUGUGUUCCUUGAUAUGGCAGAAUUCCAGGCAAACGUGUGAAGAAGUGAGCCCUAAUACCAUAUGGAAUCUACAAAGACCUGUGUUGCUGCUGCCACCUUGAAACACUUAAGUGGGUUUCUGAAGCCUCUUAAGUGUGUUCCUACUUUUUUUUUUUUUGAGACAGAGUUUUGCUCUUGUUGCCCAGGCUGGAGUACAAUGGUGCAGUAUCAGCUCAUUGCAACCCACCCCCAUAGGGUUCAAGCAAUUCUCCUGCCUCAGCCUCCUGAGUAGCUGGGAUUACAGGCAUGCGCCAACAUGUCUGGCUAAUUUUUGUAUUUUUAGUAGAGAUGAGAUUUCACCACGUUGGCCAGGCUGUUCUCGAACUCCUGACCUCAGGUGAUCCACCCGGCUCAGCUUCCAAUAGUGCUAGGAUUACAGGCGUGAGCCACUGUGCAGCCCUUGUGUUUCUGCUUUUUAAAAGUCUCUUUUAAAACCUGCAUGAAGUAUAGUUUGAUAUCUCUGGAAUAGUGAGGUAAAACAUGUUUUAGGAAAAACUCUUUUAGCCUAAAUAUGAGUGAUUAGACAGUUCUCAGAAAAAUUAAUUUUAUGGCAAGACUAAUUGGCGUUCUGCUUAUUUUCAGCAAUGCGUCUUUUCAGAUUCACUGCCUUUUGGUUGUUUUUCUUUGCAGUUUGCCUUUGUAGUUAUGACCAGUUGUCUUUACUGUACCUCCUAACCUCCUUUUUUCGUGAUGAAACUCUUAAAUGUAUUUAAAAAUUUUAGCAGAUAGUACACAUGCAAAAAAUGUUUGAGAAUGUUUGUUUUCCACUUUCUAAUCAAAAUUUCUGUUUCAGGUUCUUCUGCAGUUUGGGCAAGGCUGCCAAUGCCAGAUGGCACCGUUUCUGAGAGAAGAGCUAGCUUUUGCUUAGAAGCCAUGGGUGUUGAGAGUGACCAGGAAAUUGUGCAGAUGAUUGGAACUGAGGAGCACGUGAUGGCUGCAUUUGGGCCCAGUCUGGAAGAGUGCCAGAAAGCUCAGAUUUUCACACAGAUGCAGGCAUUAAAAUAUAUAGGGAACAAAGUGAGAAGACAAAGGAUGUGGGGAGGUGGACCAAAGAAAACCAAGAUAGAAGAAGCAAGAGAGCUUCUGGCUUCCACCAUUCUGACCCAUGUCCCAGUUAAGGAAUUCAAUUUCCGAGCCAAAUGUAUCUAUACUGCAGUGAUGGUGCGAAGAGUAAUUCUGGCCCAAGGAGAUAAUAAAGUUGACGACAGAGAUUAUUACGGUAACAAGCGACUGGAAUUGGCAGGACAGCUUUUAUCUCUUCUUUUUGAAGACUUGUUCAAAAAAUUUAAUUCUGAAAUGAAAAAGAUUGCUGACCAGGUGAUUCCUAAGCAGAGAGCAGCCCAGUUUGAUGUUGUAAAACACAUGCGCCAAGACCAGAUCACCAAUGGCAUGGUGAACGCUAUUUCUACUGGAAACUGGUCUCUAAAGAGAUUUAAAAUGGACCGCCAGGGUGUGACCCAAGUGCUGUCUCGCUUGUCAUAUAUAUCCGCACUGGGCAUGAUGACAAGAAUCUCUUCCCAGUUUGAAAAAACAAGAAAAGUGAGUGGUCCUCGCUCCCUCCAGCCGUCUCAGUGGGGAAUGCUCUGUCCUUCAGACACUCCUGAAGGAGAGGCAUGUGGCUUGGUUAAAAACCUGGCCCUUAUGACACACAUCACAACUGAUAUGGAAGAUGGACCUAUUGUUAAAUUAGCCAGUAAUUUGGGAGUAGAAGAUGUGAAUUUAUUAUGUGGGGAAGAGCUCUCUUACCCAAAUGUGUUUCUUGUCUUUCUUAAUGGUAACAUCUUGGGUGUCAUUAGAGACCAUAAAAAGCUAGUGAAUACAUUUCGACUGAUGAGAAGAGCAGGAUAUAUCAAUGAAUUUGUUUCCAUCUCAACAAAUCUUACAGAUCGAUGUGUCUAUAUUUCUUCUGAUGGAGGAAGACUGUGCAGACCCUAUAUAAUUGUCAAGAAGCAGAAGCCAGCAGUCACAAAUAAACAUAUGGAAGAGCUGGCCCAAGGGUACAGGAAUUUUGAAGAUUUCUUACAUGAGAGUCUGGUUGAAUAUUUGGAUGUGAAUGAAGAAAAUGAUUGUAACAUCGCACUGUAUGAACACACAAUUAAUAAAGACACCACCCACUUGGAGAUUGAACCCUUCACUCUUCUUGGCGUGUGUGCUGGACUGAUCCCAUACCCUCACCAUAACCAGUCCCCGAGAAACACUUACCAGUGUGCCAUGGGGAAACAAGCCAUGGGUACUAUAGGAUACAACCAACGAAACAGAAUUGAUACUCUCAUGUAUCUACUCGCAUAUCCACAAAAACCCAUGGUUAAGACAAAAACCAUUGAAUUGAUAGAAUUUGAGAAACUGCCAGCUGGACAGAAUGCAACAGUUGCUGUGAUGAGUUAUAGUGGCUAUGAUAUUGAAGAUGCUCUCGUUUUAAACAAGGCCUCUUUAGACAGAGGCUUUGGGCGUUGCCUUGUAUAUAAAAAUGCUAAAUGUACAUUGAAACGAUACACCAAUCAGACUUUUGAUAAAGUGAUGGGGCCCAUGUUGGAUGCUGCUACAAGGAAACCCAUCUGGCGACAUGAAAUCUUAGAUGCAGAUGGUAUUUGUUCUCCAGGUGAGAAAGUAGAAAACAAACAAGUGCUUGUAAAUAAGUCCAUGCCCACAGUGACCCAAAUUCCUUUGGAAGGAAGUAAUGUACCGCAGCAACCACAGUACAAAGAUGUGCCUAUAACUUACAAAGGAGCAACAGACUCAUAUAUUGAAAAAGUGAUGAUAUCUUCAAAUGCUGAAGAUGCUUUUCUGAUCAAAAUGCUGCUGAGACAGACAAGGCGUCCAGAGAUUGGAGACAAAUUCAGCAGUCGUCAUGGGCAAAAAGGUGUUUGUGGCUUGAUCGUCCCCCAGGAAGACAUGCCGUUUUGUGAUUCUGGCAUCUGUCCGGACAUCAUAAUGAACCCACACGGCUUCCCAUCACGAAUGACGGUGGGGAAGCUCAUUGAACUGCUGGCUGGCAAGGCUGGUGUGCUGGAUGGCAGAUUCCACUACGGCACUGCGUUUGGAGGCAGUAGAGUGAAGGAUGUGUGUGAGGACCUCGUUCGUCAUGGUUAUAACUACUUGGGGAAAGACUAUGUUACAUCUGGCAUCACAGGAGAGCCCUUAGAAGCAUAUAUCUAUUUCGGCCCUGUGUACUAUCAGAAGCUGAAACACAUGGUACUGGAUAAAAUGCAUGCCCGAGCCCGGGGCCCACGAGCUGUCCUUACCAGGCAACCCACUGAAGGACGGUCUCGUGAUGGUGGCUUGCGUCUUGGGGAAAUGGAACGUGACUGUUUAAUCGGUUAUGGAGCCAGUAUGCUUUUGCUAGAGAGACUAAUGAUUUCAAGUGAUGCCUUUGAGGUUGAUGUCUGUGGGAAGUGUGGCCUUCUCGGGUAUUCUGGCUGGUGCCAUUUCUGCAAGUCAUCCCGCCAAGUGUCUUCCCUCCGUAUUCCGUAUGCCUGCAAGCUGCUCUUCCAGGAACUACAGUCCAUGAACAUUAUCCCCAGGUUAAAACUGUCCAAGUACAAUGAAUGAGGAUGGAAAAAAUGAUUAUUAAAGAGAACAAGCGAUACAUCUAAUACAGUGGAAAGCAGAAGAGAUUGAGGACUACUUCUCCUCCUGUAAAUAAUUCCUUUGCAUAUUCUCUCUCUAAAACAAAAAAGAAAAUGGAGAGACUUUUUAUGUACUACAAGACUGGCUAAACAACCUUGACCACGCGGACUGCCAGGCUGCUUGAUUCACAGAUGGAUGUGACCUGAAGGAUGAAUAAACUAUUAUUUAUGUACCAGUAUCUUGACAUUUACUCAUUAGAAGACCUUACUCCUUCAAGAGAAUGUUUGGGGUAAAAUUUACCAUAUCUUCUGGCUAACAAUAUUCAAGAUUCUCUUGGAGGAUGUAAAGAAUCCGUUUGAUUUGGUCAGCCUGGCUUUUGUUGAGGUGUCUGGUUCUGAUACAUUUUCCCAACAAUUAAAUCUUUCCUUUACACAACCAGACUUUGUAAUUUUAGUCUCGGUGAAAUACAAUAAAUUUGUUCCUACCUUGUCAAGCAAGAAUGUCAUCUAAUGGACUCAAUUGUUAUUAUUUUGAACCUCCAUGAUCAUACCAUGCAAUACUAUUCAUUAAAUAUCUGCAUCUAA